AUGUUAUUUUAACAUGAUUCAGAUUUUUUCAUUAAACCAAAUGCAUUUCUUAAACUACUCAAAUAAGGAAAUCCAAAAACUAUUAAAAUGAAAAAAAGAAAACCUUAAAAUAUUAUAGGAAAUAGAAAAUAAUUGAACACAUUACACUUCUCCAAACCUAUUUUUUUAUUAUAAAUUCCUGAUGAAUCAAAAAGUAAUAGAAAAUUAAGUAACAAUACUUUUCAUAAUGCUUAAUCAUAAAUUACAGAUAAAAAAAAGAUAGUAUUAUCUUCAUCAAAAGAAUCUCAUCUUGAUUAUAGCAUAUAAAAUUAUUAAGAUUAUGAAAUUCCUUAUGAAAUACAUACUUAAAUGCCUACUUCUUAGAUAAAUCCUAAAUACAUAAUAUAAUAAAAAUAAGGUUGUAAUUUGGGUAGACUACCUAAUUUUAAAUUAUAAAUAAUCAAUCAAAUUCCAAAUCUAAGAUAAUAAUAAAUGAUAAUGAAAUAAUUAUGA